AUGCAUCAGUUGCUUCAGAAAGUUAGCCAAAAUGGUGUAGUUGUCUCUGCCAAGAAAAUGAAGUUGUUUGAAACCACUGUUAGAUUUCUUGGUUUUAACAUAAGCCACUCCCAAAUUCAUCAAAUUGACAGAGUCAUCCAAUUUGCUGACAAAUUCCCUGAUGAAAUCAUUGAUCAAAUGUCCUGA